GAGGCUGGUGUGGCGGUUUUAAUAAAUCGUUGAAAAAUGCUUGGGGUGUAGACAAGAUAGGAGCCACAGUAACAGCUGUUGUGAACACAGAGAGGAUGGAAGCAAGAAGAGCCAGUGCGUGCACUGGGGUUGUUUCUGGGAAACGCGACCAAGCGCAGGAACGAGGGCAGCCACGCUGUUGGCGACAUCUUGCUCAGAAGGAAAGAGCGGGGAACAGCGGGCCGCUCCUGGCUGCUGCGCCACGCACGCGGAGGCCCGGACGCCGCGGCAGGAAGGAGGUAGGUCGCCGGCCGCCCCUCCCGGGAGAGCGCUCGGAGGACCCGGAGGCCAUCCUGAGCUCGGGGCUCCCCCAGCCCCGCCCCCGCACCUCCCCGGCCUCCCGCGGCCCUCUCACCCAGUCCGCAGCCUCUGGCUUCCGAGCUCCGAAGUCGCCCUCGGAGGGGACCGCCACCCCCGCAGCCCGGGCCGCUCCGCCCUCCCUACCCCGGAGCCGCCCGCCUGGGACCCCCCACCGCCCCAGGGCUCUCAGGCCCCGGUUACUAGGCGGUGGUCGCACCAUGUCCCCGGGCAGCGGGGUGAAGAGCGAGUACAUGAAGCGCUACCGGGAGCCGUGCUGGGACGAGUACGCGCCGUGCUACCGCGAGCGCCUGCACUACCGCCUGGGCCGCCGGCUGCUGGAGCAGGCGCACGCGCCCUGGCUCUGGGACGACUGGGGCCCCGCCGGAGCCUCGGACGACUCGGCGUCGUCGGCGUCGUCAGGCGCCGGGAGCCCCGCGCCACAGUGCGCUCCGGACUCGCCGCCGCCGCCCGCGGAGCCCGGGGCCCCGGAGGAGCCGGCCCGGGACGCGGAGGCCGGCGACGCGGAGGCCGGCGACGCGGAGGCCGGGGACGCGGAGGCCGGCGACGCGGAGGCCGGCGACGCGGAGGCCACGUCUGUGUCAGCAUUGCCAGUGAAAGACGUGAAAGAAAAACCUGAACAACCGGUGAAAACAAAGGAGACCGACCGAUUGCCCAGCUGUGAAGCCCGACAGCAGCAAGGUGCCGUGUUUGGUAGAGGAGCUGGGAAAGCGGUCAGAAGUCCACAAAGAUCGUCAAGUAAAACAAAAGAGAAGAAGCGUCCGUUUGCUCUGUAUGGGUGGGGAGAAAAGCAGAUGGACACGGGAAGCCAAAGGACUCACAACGUCUUGGCGUCUGCCCCAGUGAGCGAGAUUCAUGAGUCGGCAUUACGAGCCCAAACCAGGAGACAGGUGGAAAGGAGCAGACUGGCUGCUCAGAGGCAGCGGGCUCUCUCCGAUGGUGUGGAGGGCAGCAGGAGGACCAGGCCUGCAUCCUCGGAGAACCCGUGGGUGACAGAGUACAUGAGAUGCUACUCGGCUCGAGCCUGAAGGAAGCAGCAGCUGCCUGCACAGCCUCCG